UUGUAUCUCUCAGCAGUUUGUGCCCCCGUAGGAGUAGAAGAUCCACAUAUAAUACCUGACGCCCACAUUACCGCAAGUUCUUAUUUUCUGAGUUAUUAUGCGCACAUGGGACGGCUGAAUGGAGUAAAAGGUUGGUGUCAGAAAACUACUACAAUCACCGAUGACUACAUACAAGUUGAUAUGGGAGCGUUGCACACUGUCUGCGCGAUCGCAACGCAAGGAAAGAAAAAUGGGUCAUUCGUCAAAAGCUACAAGCUGUCCUUCUCUUCUGAUGAAAGCAGCUGGAGUGUAUAUCAGGAACAAAACAUUGACAAGGUUUGAAAUAAUACUACUUUAAUCUUUUCUUGCCUGUUUUAUUUAUAAAUUUUUUUUAAAAUAGGUGUGCUAAUCGUCCUAAUAGGAUGAAUUUACGACAGUCACAUGUCAGCUUUUGGGGUAUAAAUCGCGAGAAAAAAAGGCUCUUUGAUGUUAUCGAAGAUGAUUAUAAAAUACUUAAUAUCCUACAGUAUUGGACGAGACACGUGUCAGUCAUUUCAUGGUAAUAAUACUCAGUUAUACAUCUCAGUUAGUAUGUUGCGCUUUGACCAGUUAGUUAAGAGGGCCGUAUUCAAUAGUGCGGCCUACUAAAUUUAAAAGUUGUUUGAAUUAAAAUCUUCCCCUCUAUUUGAACUUGAAGUAUAAUAAAUUGUCUUUUCAUCCUUGCUUCGCGCUUGGGUGGGUCAUAAGACCGUGCGAAAAAAUAAAGUUCCGUUAGUUACGAUACAGACCAAUAAAAGGAGGUAACUGAGUUUUUUUUUUUUUGCAUCGCUGGAUUCAAAAUGGAGGGUGGGAGAUAUCAAUUCCAACAAACUUUUGAAUUUAGCGGGAAAGUUACUGCAAUUGGGUGCGCUGUUUUGACCAAUGAUAGCACACGUAUUAACUCAAUGAUAUAAUGAAGGGUAUUCAUUCUAGCAUUUGUGCGGCACACAAUCUGAAAAAAACGGGAAGUAAAACUGAUCUAAAGGCGUGCAUCUUCUCCACCGACGGGAAACCACUUUUCCAGAUAUCUCAAACUGGAAACAUUACUCAGCAACUCAACGAAAAGUUAUACCAAUGAAAUCGUCACCGACUGACUCCGUAAUGAAUCCGCUCUCACUUUCCGUGGCUUCAUGAGGUGUAAUUUAAGGGAGUCGCUGUAGAGGGGGAGGGUAGGGUGAUUCUGGGUGAUGUAUGACUAACUUCCUUCAAGAUAAAAAAUUAUGAUUAAUUAGGAUGAUAAGACAAAUCUGCCAAAUGUUUUGUGUAGGCCAUUACACGUGAAAUGUGAUGUUUGAAUUUUAAUUUUGUGCUUGCAGAUUUUCCAAGCGAAUUCAGACUUGAACACCGUGGUACAGCAUACACUGAAUAACCCAGUCCACGCAAGGUUCGUUCGUUUUUAUCCCGUCACCUUUGAUAAUUUCCCUUGUAUGAGGGUUGAGGUGUUUGCGCAGUGA